AUGCUCAAUUUACCUUUUGAUAAAUGGAGUUUAAAGUUUUACGAUCCAGAAUUCGAAUCUUAAUACGAAGAUCACUUAAAUAAAAUUAGAUUGAUAUCAUUUAAAGUUUUAAACCUUACUAUUAGUAUUGCUGCAUUCAUUUGUUUAUUGACUUUUGUUAUUCAAUAACAAUCUCUAUUAUUAAUAAUUUUGAUGACUUUAACACUAUUUGGAUGUGUCUUUUUAUUGAUAAUUAGCAGAAAAAUCUUGCCAUAUUUAAAAUCUAUAUUCUCAUUUUAUUAUGUUUGGGCACUGACAACUAAUAUGUUUAUAGCUUAUGCAGGCUUUGAAAUGUAAUUCAUUUGAUAAAUUAGACCUAAUUUCAUAUUUGGCUUCAACACAUGUAGUCUAGCAAUUGGUACAAUGUAAUAUAGUGAUAAUAAACUUAAAGUAGCAUUUACCAUAACAACUCCAUUUAUUUUAAUGGGAGUAUUUAAUGUCUAUUAAGCUGAUACUUUAGCUUUUGUUUUUUAAACAAUCUCAUGUACUACUUUUAUUGGAAUAUGGGGUUACAUGAAUGAAUACACAUCUAGACUUGCUUUCUCUCUUAACCUUAUUUCUAAUAAACAAAAGUAUAUAUAUUCACUGUUAUUUAGAGAUUUGAUUAAUGAAUUUGUAAAUGAUGCUCUUUUUGCAUUAGGUCUAGAUAAAAGAACUCGAUAGUUUAUUUUAGAAUUUUAAAAUAACAAAUUCGUAGAAUUGAUGAAAAUUAAAGAAACAGAAUAGAUAAAAACUUUUCUAAGAUCUACCUUUGUUAUGAUUAAAUCUAGCGAAAGUUAGAAUAAAUUAAGAGAUAAAAAUUCAACUAAAUUAUUAAAUUUAGAGGAAGUUUUUUUCUAAAAAAUUAAAAGUUUUGAAAAAUCAACAAACUAUAAAGAAUAAUAAGAAGACAUUUUUGAAAUUUAUUAACAUGAUUCACUUAGUGAUCAAACUAAAAAAAUGCGUUUAUAAAUAAGAUUUCUAAACUUUGGAAAACCAAUAAUUAUAGCCAUUAUUAAAUCAGAACAAGUUCCUAAUUUGAUCCAUAAAUAUGAAAGUUAAAUCAAGGAAUAUCAAAAAAUUAUAAUAAAUAUGUCUAAUAAGAUAGUUAAAUAAUAAUCAAUGCUUUAUGAGGAGAUGAAAAAAAUUAAAUUUUAAAACUUAAUUGAAUAAUAAUAGUUAAUUUCAUUGUAAUGUCUCAACUUGUCCAUAAUUAAUUACAUUAGAAACUAUAUUUUAUUAUUUUAAAAAAAUAAAAUUGCUGAGAUGAAAUUUAAUCUUUAAAAUUGCAAGUUUCAUAAUUAUAUAGCAAUUAUAAAUUAGUACUUUUAAACAUUAUCUGCUUAUCAUUCUAUCAAAUUUACUCUUUAAAAUUUCAUAGAUCAAAAUUGUUCUUUUAAAAUAAACAUUAACUACCUUACUUAAAUCUUAAUCAAUAUAUUUGAUGAAGUAAUAAAGAUAACAAUUAGAGAUAAUUUGAUCAAUCUUAGAAUAAUAGAGGAAUUCUAAUAAGAUCGUUCAACAAAAAAAUACAUGAAACAGGGGAUAGAAUAAAAUAACAACACUGCAGGAUAAUUAAAAUUGAUUCAAUUUAAAUUCGUUUUUACAAGUAAUGAGUACCUUAAUUUAAAGAAUCUUGCGUUUAUUUAAAGACUUAAUAACAAUGAUUAAUAAUUUAAUAAUUUCGAAGAGGGUUCAAUUAUUUCAGAAAUAACUUGUUUCCUUUUAGAAAAUAUAGGUCCAAAUAACAACAUUUAGAUUAAUUAAUUUUAGAACCCUCAAAUAAAUUUAAUUUAGAAUACCAUCAAAUUUUUAAUAUACUCUGAUUAAUCUUAAUUAGAACCAUCUUAUUAUAAAGUUCGAGAAAAAGCUUUAUUUGAAUGA